AUGGGCGACCCGCCCUUUGAGUACGGCGCGCCGCGCCACGACUGGAACAUCGAGGACAUCGACUGGGACCCGAAUGAGGUCCAAGGGGAGCUGCGCGCAUCUGGCAGCCAGGACGCCUCGGCCGAAGCUUCCAGCGCUGGUGCCGCGCAGCAGGUGGCCAGCUCCAGCGGGCCGACACAUGAGAGCGGCGGGGACGUGCCGGUGGUGCUGGACACUCUGCAGAGCAUGGGCUCCACCAAACGCCGCGUCCCCAUGCAGUGCCAGGUGGACGGCUGCAACAAGGACCUGUCGGUGGAGAAGGAGUACUACCAGCGCUACAGGAUUUGCGAGGAGCACCUCAAGCUGUCCUCACUGCUCAAGGACGGCGUGCAGCAGCGCUUCUGCCAGCAGUGCGGCCGCUUUCACCUCCUCGCUGACUUCGAUGGCGACAAGAGGAGCUGCCGGGCGCGGCUGGACCUGCACAACAACCGCCGUCGCAAGCGCGGCGAGGCCGGCGACGGCAGCUUCCGCAGCAGCGCGCGCCUCGAGCGGCGGCUGGGCGAAGCGUUGCAUUCUAGAGUCUCCCCGCGCACACGCACCCGCCGCGUCGCCUCCCGCUCGCGCCGAUCACCGCUCCCCUCCACUGACGAUGAGAUGACGGAGGACAAUUCGGAGGUGGAGCAGGCGGCGCGGCCUCGGCAGGCAGCCAGCUCGGCGGCGGAAGCCGAGGAGGGAACUCCUGCGCGCGAGCGCCGCUACGCCACGCGGCAGGCCACCGCAGCGGCAAUGCGCAAGCACUCCUACAACCCCGCCCUCGACUUUGAAAAGCAGUUGUACCCCCCCAAUAUAGCGGAGACACUGGCUGCGCUGCAAAGAGGGGCCGGCCCCCACGAGCCCUCCCAGGCAGCACACUCCAGAAUGUCCCUCCAGGAGGGGUCGAGUUGGGACUCGAGCAUGUUGUCAGCCGAGGGCCGGCAGCGCUUUGUGGCGGAGCACAUGCUGCGCCACCUGUCAGACCCGGUGCAGUCCAUGCGCGACACUCUGCGGCAGCACUCCGAGUCCGGCCUCGACCUACGCAGGAACGUGCUGCUGAUGAACUCGCUGUCGAGCCCCACCUACAUGCCAUCCAACAUUGAGCGUUCAGCGGAGAGGUCUGCCGCGCACGGCAGCCUGGAGCAAGACUUCCGGGAAAGCCUUGAACGCAGCUCCGACAUCUACCAGCAGCAGGGCGCCGCCCCGUUACCCUAUGGCGGCCCGUUUUCCGAGGCGUUGGGCGCGACAGGCCUAAGCCACUACGCUGCGCAGCUGCUCUACAAAUGCGCCAGCGAUCCCGUCGCGCAGGACACCUUCGGCCGGCCGAACCUCCCGCCGGCCGCCAUUGCCGGUGUGCACAUCGCGCCCGGCUCGGCCGGCGGCGCGGCCGGCGGCGGCGGGGGGUCUGGGGAGGCACGGCGGAUAAUAUCGUACUCCAGCGAGCCCACCAGCAUCUCCAGCUCGGGCCUGGCCAAGUUUCCAAGCGAGCCGUUCAUCCGGCCGCGCACGGUGUACCCGCAGUACUCCGCCUUUGACCUGCCGCCCGGCGAAUUCCACGACGUCGCCUGGCCGGGUCCGCCCAACGCGCCUAGCGCGGAGGAGGUGAAGCACGAGCAGCUGAGCUUUCGGCAGGGCCCCACCAAGCGCUUCUUCGAGACCGCCGAAGGAUCCACCCAGGGCGCCCGGGCGAGGAGCAGGGCGCAGCAGCAGCGGGGGGAGCAGCCGCGGCGGGGGAGCAUGGAUGCAGGCGCGGCCAGCCAAACGGCCGGCAGCGUGCUGCCCUUUACACUGCCCGGGGGAAUGGCGUUCUCUAUGGGCCCGCUGUCGUCGCUGGGGCAGAGCAGCGGUAGCGGCGGCCUGUCGCGCAUGCCGAGCGCUGAGGAGGUGGUUGCCUCGAUGCAGCGCGAGCCCAGCACCGAGCGCCGCAUGGGCCGCAUCUCCCUCGCCCACUCCCUCGACAUCAUGCAGCAGUGA